GAUUGACAGUUCAUGGGAAAGCUCCAUGUACAGUAGACCAGAAAGAGAAGCCUGAAUGCUUAGAUGCAUUGUUGAAUUCGCGGUUCCUGGAAAAUCCAACUUCUGAGCUGAAAUGAACUCAUCAAAUUCCCAAGAUCCUCUUGGAAGGACAAACGCACUGGUCGUCAUAGAAACGACCCUUGCAGUUGGGAUCACCCUCUCUGCAUUGCUAGGUAACACUCUGCUUAUAUWCGCCCUCCAUAAAGAUACGCGUCUUCGAACUAUAACCAAUGUAUUCAUAGAAAGCUUAGCGUGGUCUGAUGUUGGCAUGGCAACACUAAAAAUGCCRUUCUGGGUACUGUCGGUGCACAAAGGACGAUGGGUACUGAGCCAGCAAUUUUGUCCUUGGUCAGGGGUAUUUAUGUUCACAUUCGGAGUAUGUUCGAUUCUUACAAUGGGACUAAUAGCUGUCAAUCGAUACUUCAAAGUCGUCCAGAACACCGUAUAUAGAAAAUACUUCAAGAAUCGAAGCUUUGCUAUUGGUUACUGUCUGUUGAUGUGGGCGACUGCCAUGUUGCUUGCCACGCCCCCUUUGUAUGGGUGGGGCUCCAUGCAAUACCAUGUUCAUUUCUCCGUGUGCACAAUGGUAUGGGAUAUAGAAAACAUCUCGUAUGUUAUCGURGUGGUCGGUGGGGGUGUUGGUGGAACAACAGUCGUUAUAUUYAUGUGUUAUUACAAGAUCUACAAAAGAGUCAAAACAAGCACCGCAAAUAUUAACUCCCAUCACUCGAACUCCAAUACCACACACUCCAAUGAUAUCAAACUAUUAAAGUCCAUGUUCGCUGUGGUAUGUUUUUUUCUAUUCACCUGGAUGCCYGURUCAUGCGCAGUUGUGUUCGAGACGCUUGGAAUCAAGAUUCCUCGURUUGUCUUUGUCUUUGUUAUUUAUCUGAUGUUCACGAGUAGCUGCGGMAAUCCSGUSAUUUAUGGAAUACUCAGCCCUCAGUUUAGAAGAGCGUUUGGAUCUGUUAUCAAAUGCCGAUCGUUUACAAACGUCCAUGAUAUAUCUUUAAACAGCUCGGUUGCAUCCCAACCAACUCAAAUCGUUUCAAGGAAAGUAUAAAGUCGAGACUAUCACUGAGACUAACAUUUUAGUAGAAAAUAAGCCUGUAAAGCUGGUAUGUAAAGAGAUACCUAGAGUUUUACUAAUGUGAGAUAUGUCGGUGUUAUAUCGGAGCUGUGUCGGUGUUACAUCGGAGCUGCGUCGGUGUUUAAAUCGGAAUGUGAGAUAAUGUGAGAUAUGUCGGUGUUACAUCGGAGUUUCGCCCGUGUUACAUCGGAGCUGCGUCGAUGUUACAUCGGAGCUUUGCUCGUUUACAUCGGAGAUGUGUCGGUAAGACAUCGGAGCUGUGUCGGUGUUAAAUCGGAAUUGCGUCGCUACACCGGAUCUGUAUCGAUGUUACAUCGGGACAGUGUCGGUGUUAUAUCGGAGUUGCGGGAAUGUAAGCUUACGAUGAAAAAAUUAUGCAAGUGAGAAUGAGUACGUAUUAAAAAAUACGUCAAAAAAUUUUGCUCUAAAUGUAUGAAUUUUUUGUUAUUUUGAUUUAUUGAGCUGCUUCAAAAGACAAUGGCAAUGCAUUUGAUCGCUUUUUAAUAAAAUCAUUUACUUUUAAGGAAAAACAAUAUCAUAAUCUCCUUCUACCAAAAUCGUGCAAAAAAAAAAAAACCUGAAUAUCUAGAUUACUAGAGUUUGUAGAAAUCCAGGAACGUUCCUGGACUAGU